AUGCAACUCAUCAAGCAUAUCAUCAAGUCUAGGGAUAGGAUGUCGAUACUUUACAGUGAUAUUGUUGAUGGCUCUGCAGUCCACACACAUGCGCCAACUCCCAUCUUUCUUGGGCACAAGAAGAACAGGAACAGCACAAGGACUCAUGCUUUCCCGGAUGUGACCCUUAUCCAUAAGCUCAUCUAUUUGGCGCUGGAGUUCUUUGGUUUCAACAGGAUUGGUUCUGUAUGCUGGACGGUUUGGAAGUGUGGAUCCAGGAACAAAAUCUAUUUGAUGCUCAAUGCCUCUGACUGGUGGCAAUCCCUUGGGCAAUCAUCUGGAAACACAUCCUGGAAAUCCUGUAAAAGUUUGGACAUCUCACUCGGAAUCUCCGGUGCAUUAUCAAUCAAGAAGGUUAAGUGA